AUGGCUCUGGUCGAGGCUAAAUACAAACAAGCCCAGGAUACAUUUAUUUUUAAUGAACCAUGCAUGGUAUCCAUAAACCGGCAAGUUGCGAGGAAUGUUGCGAACUGGCUGUGGUUGCACAAGAUUGCUGUUUUAGGAUUACUGGAAUGUGGAUUUUGGUCUAGCCUCUCUACAUCAUUACCUUUCUCCGACAGGUAUCACAUUAGUCUGGAGGCUUUUGAUGUACAUUUUGCUUGCUCUGAGCAUUUGGAGAUUGCAUCUGAGCUUUUUGAGCAUGCAUAUUUUGGUCUAGAUGAACUUGAUUAUGGAUAG